AUGUCACUGGUACUGUGUGACUCUGCAAGCCAUGUUCCCGACGUUUUUGUGUCACACGGCAGACACCCUCACAGCGAGGGGCAAGCUUAUGACCCGGACGGUGAAGAAAGAAAGCUGGAAUGGAUGAAUUCCAUGGUUUCCACCGGAGUGACGGAGAAAUCCCACGAGAGAGAUGGAACCGACUCAGUACCAUAUCGCCACACCUCGCGGUUACAGAAAAAACUUGAUGAAGUUCCAGUGCAACCUGGCAUGACCGGGCGUCCUCAUUCCCAGCAUGCCAAGAGCUGUACGUGGCCUUUCAAUAUUUGCGGUCCGCAGGCCGUCGGGGAAGCACAUCAUGACUCCACUCUCUUCGGAAAGCAAGAAGCAAUGUUGACUGAACCGCCGGCGAGGGAAGAGAAGGAAAGGGGGGAGGCUCCUGGGUUGGGACGCCUUCGUCAGGUCGAUCGGUUCAAGACAUGA